UACUUCCUAAACCACGCACUUCCCUGGCGGUCGCCGCUCCAAGUUAACCGUUUCUUAGUUAUUUACCCUGGUCGAGAGUUACAGGCUACAGACAUCCUGUUUGUGGACUUCUGAGCAGCGCCGGGUAUAUCACGGAUCAUGGCACCCACCUCUGUCCGCCCGGCACGGCGUUUGCGUUAGGACACUGAAUGGAGCGACAGACCGCACCAAAGUGUGCCCGAAUCACAUAGUAGCUUAUUGCGUGUGUGUUGUGCGUACUCGCACUAAAUGGGACGGACGAUCUAGGAGUGGGAUACAACUGCAGCUGUGAAUACGGUUUAAAUCUGGUGGUGGUACAGUUGCGACCAUGAGCGGCGGCGAAAUAAUCUGCCAAGGAUGGCUCAGGAAGUCACCGCCAGAGAAGAAACUACGGAGAUAUGCAUGGAAGAAGCGCUGGUUCAUCCUGCGCAGCGGGCGUAUGAGCGGGGACCCGGACGUACUGGAGUACUACAAGAGCGAGGGCGCCAAGAAGCCCAUCCGCAUCAUCGACCUGCACUGCUGCGAGCAGGUGGAUGCCGGCCUGAGCUUCAAGCGCAAGGACUUCCAGGACAGCUUCGUCUUCGACAUCAAGACGUCGGAGCGUACCUUCUACCUGGUGGCCGAGACUGAGGAGGAGAUGAGCCGCUGGGUGCGCUCCAUCUGCCAGCUCUGCGGAUUCAACCAGUCCGAUGAGAAUCACGAUGAGCGUUCGUCCUCUGCCUCCAUGCCCCGCUCCAUGGCUGGCGGUGACCUGGCUGGCUCCAUGGCCCCGUUAACAGGCGAUGGGCGCAAGUCCUCCUCCGGCCACGCCCAUGCCCACUCCAGUCAGCCAAUGCUGUUCACCUUCGACAUGCCCGUCCGCCACGGCAACGCUCAUAGCCACGCCCACUCCACCCUGCCAAGCUCCGCCCCUCAGGACUACCUCCUACUGCACCAGUGCCUGAGCCGGAAGACUGAAGGCACUCGGAGUGCCAGUUUCUCCCAGGCGUCGCGCAGCAGUCUGCUGGUGGGCAGUGACUCGGCCGUGCAGAAGCUGACUCACGGCUUCUCCCACUGCCUCAACGGCGUGGGCUCACAGCUGCAGCACGGCUUCUACAGUUUGCCCAAGCCCACCCGCCAGCAGAACCACAACCACAACCACCAGCAGCAGCAGAACCAAGCCUCCUCCUCCACAUCCCCGCGAGAUGCCUCCUCGUCCUGCUACGUCCUCCCUAGAGGCUACAGCUCCGACGGGACGGCGGGGAGCCAUCACGCAGGCCUGGGCUUCUCAGACCUGGACCUGGACGGCGCGGAAGAAGUCUACGCCUACAAGACGCCAUGCAAUGCCCCAUUGUCCAAUGACCGGCCACUGCCCGACAACUAUGACCGGCUGCCUACGCCGCCAGGUAGCUUCUACCAGACGCCGCGGGCCUUCGAUAAGAACCACAAUGCGUUACCUGCUGCCGGGGGAGGUGGCGGUGGCGGUGGUGGUGGGGCUGCAGCUGAGCCCACGUCUGCAGGGGCAGGGCCCCCACCAAGGCCUCCAAAGCCUGGAGGAGGAGGAGGAGGGGGAGGAGGAAGUGGGAGCCAGGGUUCGGACACGGGGCUGCGCUGGGGGAGCCCGCAGUCCCACAAUGGGGAGAUGGCCACGACCACCACGGUGAUCCCCCGGAGAAACACACUGCCGGCAGUGGAGAACAUCAGGCUACACCGGGGUUCUUCCUUUGAGACUAGCAGUCACCAACGGCCGAUCUACUUCAACAACUCAGGAGGCCAAUCGGUGGAGUCUGUCAACGACGGAUUCAGCUCCUACCUGAGAGCCAAGGCCCCACUGACGCGGUCGGACAGCGGCGACUCGGAGGACAACUAUGUGCCCAUGAACCCCAGCUCCUCGCCGCUCAACGCCAGCCAGGCCGACAGCCCCAAGAACAUCUACAUCCCCAUGAGCCCCGGGCCGCACCACUUCGACUUCCCGGGCUUCUCUGCCACGUUGCCCGCCCGCAAGGGAAGCACGGCAUCCCUCUCGCACCGGCCUGGUCGCCUGAGCGAUGUGACGCCGCCACCAAUCAACCGCAACCUCAAGCCCAACAGGAAGAGUGAGUCGGGCACCUGCAAGCCGACACCUCUGGACCUGAGGAGCAAUGGCAUUAUCGAUGAGCUGCCAUUCAAGAGUCCCGUCACCAUGUCCUGGACCAGACCCAUGCCUGCAAUGAACUCUAUGUCGUCUCAGCACUGUCGGCCAAUCUCCACUCAGAGCAUCACCAGCACUGACUCAGCUGACAGCGAGGAGAACUACGUGGCCAUGCAAAACCCAGCGUCUACCUCACCAGCAGUGAGUGGUACCAGCAGCCCCGCCGCUAGGAAGUGUGGCAACGUGGACUACCUAGCCCUGGACUUCCAGCCAGGGUCUCCCAGCCCUCACAGAAAGCCCUCUACCUCCUCGGUCACGUCUGACGAGAAGGUGGACUACGUUCAGGUGGAUAAGGAGAAGACCCAGGCACUCCAGAACACCAUGCAGGAGUGGACAGACAACCGGCUGUCCACAGAGCCCUCCAAGGGGGUCAAGUCUUGACAGUAGUCCCCCCUCAACCGCACCUGUGGAGCCCUCAGCCGCAGAGAGCCACGAGACAGAGCAUGCACCCAACCCCAACACUCCUCUCCUCUCCUCUUUAACACUCCUCCUUUCUUUUCUCCAUCCAUUCGUGUGUGUGUGUGUGUGUGUGUGUGUGUGUGUG